UUUACAGCCUCGUAAAACACCAUGGGUUCCGGUUCUGCUGCUACUGGUCAGAAACUCCGCAUGACUCUCGCCCUUCCCGUGGGUGCGGUCAUGAACUGCGCUGAUAACUCGGGUGCCAAGAACCUCUACGUUAUCGCCGUCAAGGGUAUCAAGGGCCGUCUUAACCGUCUCCCCGCCGCUGGUGUCGGAGACAUGGUUCUCGCCACCGUUAAGAAGGGAAAGCCAGAACUCCGCAAGAAGGUCAUGCCCGCUGUCGUCAUCCGCCAGCGCAAGCCCUGGAGAAGACGCGAUGGUAUCUUCCUCUACUUCGAGGACAACGCUGGUGUCAUCGUCAACCCCAAGGGUGAAAUGAAGGGCUCUGCCAUCACUGGCCCCGUCGGCAAGGAGUGCGCUGAUCUUUGGCCCAAGAUCGCCUCCAGCGCCGGCACCGUCGUCUAAAUUUCAUGUUCGACCCUGGGCAAUAUUUGUACAUGACAUCCUUUGCUCAAAUACACCCUCCGCAAUAAUUCUGG